AUGCGUGUGUUGUUUGGCGCUCAAGAUGUUCUUGAUCUCACCAAUGAAGGUUACACGACAAUUGCAGCAGACGCAACUGAAGCGCAUAGAAACAUGCAUAGAAAAAUGAGGAAGAAGGAUCAUAAGACAUUGUUUUAUAUCCAUCAGUGUGUGGAUAUAAAUGUGUUUGAGAAGACUGCUGAUUCAACGACGGCGAAGGCUGUGUGGGACACACUGGUAUGGUGCUACGACAUUGAUGCAUUAGUGAAGAAGGUAAAGCUUCAGUCUUUACGUAAGCAGUAUGAGAAUCUCAAUAUGAAGAUACUGAGAUCACUUACUCCUCCAUUUGAUUACAUUGUUGUAGAAAUUAAACACUCUAAGGACCUCAUCACCAUGAGAAUUAAAGAGUUGCAGAGUAAUCUAGAGGCACAAGAGUUGCAUCUGACUGAGAGAAACUCUGAAAGAGAGGUAAAACAGGCUCUGAAAGCAUCUUUUGGUAAGAAGAAUCAAAAGCAGUGUUGGCCAGAGGCCAAGAAGAGACAACGUGGUGGUUAUCAGAAGUUAGAAGCCUCCAACUCUGAUAAGAAGAAACAUCAUAAGGAAAGUGAGAGGUUUGACAAGAAAAAGGUUAAAUGCUAUUAUUGUAAGAAGUUUGACCACUUUGCUGUUGACUACUGGUAUAUGAACACUAGCUGCUCAAAUCACCUAACUGGAAAAAAACAAUGGCCAAUUGAUUUUGACUAUAGGAGGAGGACAAAGAUAAUAUGUGCUGAUGAUAAGUACCUUAACAUUGAAGGAAUAAGAAAUGUCAAAGUCAGAGUGAAGAAUGGAAAAAUUGUUCUGAUCAAGGAUGUUUGGUAUGUUCCUGACAUAAGAGAAAUCUGA